AUGACGGAGAAAUUGCAGAAAGGCGAAUCUGUGGCCAAAUCCACGUCUGAUGGUGUCAUCGCUUUCAAAUUGCAAGACACAAAAGAAGUCACACUGCUGAGUAAUUGCCAGACCGGUGAAAUAUCAACAGUUGAUCAAAAGCAGCAGGACGGUACCAAGAAGACUUUCACAUGUCCAGAAGCCAUCGCAUUUUACAACAAAUUUAUGGGCGGUGUGGACAUGACAGACCAGUACACGGUGCUAUAUGAUAUCAACCGAAAGUCAACGAAGUGGUGGAAGCGCGUCUUUCAAAGACUGUUAAUGACUGCUGUGACAAACUCUUGGAUUCUGUAUAAACAGUUGAACAAGAAGAAAAUACCGCUAAUUGACUUUAUGAUCCCGCUGGCGGAAGAUUUGAUGGAGAUGGGAAAAUCUGGAAGCAAAAUUCAGAGAACGUACAAGACUGGUCGCCCAUCUAAGCGAUCAAAAACGUUUGUGAACGUUCAACAUCUGCCUGUUCCAUGCACCAAGCGACGUUGCAGACACUGUGCAAGUAAAAAGCUUCAAAAGCGAACCCGAUUCGUUUGUUCGACGUGCGAUGUGCCGUUGUGUGCUAAAUGUUUUUUGCCGUACCAUCAAUAA